UGCAAAAGCGGUCAGUUCCUCACGGUAAUCGCAACUAGUCGCAAUAGCCAUCGGUAGAAGUGCCUAUAAAAUAUGAAAUAAAUAAAAAUUAAAUAUUGUAAAAAUAUAUCUAAACGAAAGUAAAAGUGACAACAGUGAACGUAGAGAGCGAGAAAAACGUUCUAUAAAAUAAAGUUGAAUACAGUUAUAGAAGUUAUAAAAGUAGUUAUUUUUUAUGCGCAAAGAUACAUGUGAGCGCAUAUCAUUUAAUGCUAUUCUAAGAUAUUUACAAUAACAACAUAAAAAUAUUUCAAAUUAAAAUUCAUUGCCAACGCGUUGGAAGUUUUUACUGAAAUCGAAAAUGUUUAAAAUUCCGCAAAUCUUGUUUAUGUUCGCGGCGGUGGCCUUUUGCGCGCCAUACGAGAAUCAAGAUACAAAGCUCAAAGAUAUCGAUAAUAAAUAUGAAAAGCAGUUAGAACCGAUCAUUAAAAAUUUUGCAAAUAGUUUCACAAAAUCAAAUGCUGAACAAAAAAUGGCUGAGGAAAAUCUGAAUUUCUUCUACAUGCAAUCAUUGUAUGCAGGGGCAUUGUCGAUGAGAGCAAUGCAAACAGAACGUUCUUCCGAUAUACCAACGACAACUGCCACAACCGAGGAUGAAACAACCUUCUUGCCCCACGACCGAGAAAUGACAACAGAAAAGUCUCAUAAGUCUGGUAAGGAGGAGGAAUCAGCAACACAAAUUAAUAUUUUUGUUUCACCACAUAUAGAUGUACAGAAUUCACAAACCUCUUAUAUAAUGCCAAAGAAUCAGAACGAUGAACAAAGUACUGAUCAAUAUGAAUAUCCCAAGUCUAGAAAGGAAGAAGUUGAAGCAACUUUUGGUGCUAUGUUCAAAAACGUUGUCAAUAAAGAGACCAUUUUCAGUUCUCGAAGUCAAGAUGAGAAUGCAAUACCAAAUUUGGACUACGGUAUGGAGCAUGAAUUGCAAAAAGAAAUUCAAACCAAACUAGCGGCAACGGUCCCACAAUCGAUACUUAAGCAGUCAGAACAUACUACUGAAAAUGGAUUUAUUUUUGGUUCAAUGAAGAAAAAAGUCGACGAUCCAUUGACCUCUCAAGAACAAUUAGAGAAUAAAUCUUUCUCUUCAAGUCGUCCUUAUGAAGAAGAGUCACGAAUUGUUACAACCAACGAACCGGUAAAAAAAUCUAUUUACGUUACAGAUAGGUUAGAGUCCAAUAUCAGAAAACCAAUUGCUGAUGAAAGCAUACCUCAAGAACCAUCAACUGCAAAAUCUUCAAUUUCUGAUCAUCUUCACGUUACAGAUUCAGACAAAGCAGAUUCCCAGAUCAAAAAAACGAUUGCUGCUAAUAAGGAAACAGCUACUGAUACUAGCUUGCCACAGGCACGCACUGAACCAAAGAAUUCGGACGCAGCUGCUAUGUCAUUAGUAAAUAAGGCAGUUGACGCUUAUGAACCUAUUUUAACACCAGAAAUUGAACAGAAGUUUUCAAAUGAACAGGAAGAUAGAAACAAUGUAGAAAGAAAAGAAAUAGCACCAGUCUUGUUAACGACUGAAACUCCUUCAGCAGAGUCAGCAAAAGAUGUUUUGACUGUUUUCGUACCAGAAGAUUCAACAUUUAUAAAUAAUGCAAAAUCAAAAACAAUGACUGUUACUCAAAAUGAAAAUAAUCUUGAAGCAACAACAAGUGCUACAGUUAAUGUACUUUCAACAACCAAAGGAAAAGUCAUAGAUGAGACCACUCUUAUACCUGAGGGUAAAAAGGAGUUAUCAGGCGCAGAAAGUUUAUCAAAUGCAAACAUUUUCGACCCAAAGGAACUUGAUGCACAAAACCAAUCAGAAAUUAAAAACGGCUUACCUACAAGAGUCUCGGCCAAUGGGGAAGCUUUAAAAGUGAUCGAUAUAGAUGCGCAUACUACAAUAACUGAACCAGCAAUUGUUGAAAGUGUAGAAAAACAAAUCGAAAGUUCAAAUGUACAAAAUCUCAACGAAGCAGUUUUCUCUAGAAAACCAACUAGCAAUUGGUUCGAAAAUGGAUUAAGUCCCGAAACUAAAGAAUAUCUCACAACAACACCGGAUAUGGAUGUAUUCGAAAGAACAGAAACAAGAACUGUAAAUGUUAUUAAAAAUCCAGUGAACCAUCGCACAACUACUAAGAAAGUAGAUCAUAAAACAGAAGCUGCGAAGAAUGCUAACAUUCCACUAACAACCACUGAUACCACGGAUGUUACUACAACCACAGAAAAACCCACUGAUUUGCGUGAAGUUACAACAGUAGUGGAUGGCAACAUGAAUGUAUUGGGUAUAACGGACGCCACUACUAUUAAUGAUGACAAAAAUAGUGAUAUAACAACUAUAUCAAGUACUUUAAAUAGUGACUCUCCAACGGAAUCAAAUACUACAGACAUAUCAAAUAUAAAAGAAACUACAGUCGAUAGUGUUACUGCAGAAAGUGAUACCACACAAAAGCCUGCAAAUAUAGCUGACAUUAUACAGGCUAUGGCAAAAUAUGUCAUGACAAAUGGAACUGUAGACAUGUUGAACAAUUCUGAAUCAAAGCAGAGAAAUGACGAAGAAAUAACAACACCCAUUACUAUUAUAACUGAUGCUACUACCAAAUUCGAAAUGACUGAAGAUACCACACUACUACCAGAACAACAAACAGAAGUUUUUAUAAUUGACAAAUCAGAAUUGGAAAAUGGCAAUUCAGAAAUUGAAAUGGUAAGUGCCACGACGAUGGAUGCAAUUAUCUCAUCUAGUGUGAAACCAGGUUUUUCAUCCUCUAUCACAACAGUUGAAACAACAAACCAAGCUUCUAAUUUGGAUAUAAUUCUAUUACCACCAUCACUUGUAACAGAAACACAUGCUCCUAUAAAAACACCUACAACAGAAUCCGUAGCCUAUGCAACAACAAUGAGAGACAUUGUAGUACCAAAAACCAUAGUGGGUGCGACAUUACCAAGAAAACCGACAACUGAACCAGAUGAGUUGGAGUUACAAAUAAUGAAGCCAACACCCAGAGUUGAAAGUACUUUACCAUUCACUACCGAAAACACUAGAUCCGUUGAAACUACCUUAACUGCGGAAACAACAACAUAUAAAACACCAAUAAGUGAAACGGAAUCAUAUGGAACUGCUACUAAUGUUGCAACCACUGAAAUGAACCCAUUAAGAUUAAGCACCGUUCAAGAUUCCACUGCAAUGUUUUCAAUGUCAACAGAUGAUGAUCAAACCGAACAAUCCAGAAUUUCUGAGAGCACAACUCUGACCAACAAAAUGCCUGAGACCGCUGCAACAGAAAUAUCGGAGGUACUGGAUAUUACCAAAGUAGAGCAACAAGUCGGCAAUAGCAAUAAUCCUGCCUCCAUGAAAAAAGUUCUAACCGAACCUGAAAUCACUACACAGACCAUUCCUCUUCGUAGAAAACCACCAGUGAAAAUCAGUCGUAUUUUAAGCGAUGAGGGAGUCGAAGUUUACUACGGCUAUUCUAAUGUAGAACGCAAUUAAAAAAUUAUAUUUAUUUCUAUUUACAUUAUAUAUUAUAAAAUAUUUAUAAACUUCAUUAUUUAUUAAACUAUAUACUUUUAAGAAACUACUUUCUUAAGCUUAGCAGAGACACCAACCAACUAAAGUGCAAAGGUUUACCAGCAGAAAAGUGAUUUUGUUUCCGGAGCUUCUGCUUUGACUUCUAUUGACUGAUCGUACAUAUGCCAUAAAAUUAUUUAAUUAAAUUUAAAUGAGUUAUAAAACCUUCAGAUAAUAUUACAACAUAAGAGUAUGGCUUAUAAAUCUAAAUAAAGCUUCAGCCUUUUUAUAUUUGUAUAGCAAAAGCCGCACGAGAUACGAAAAAUAUUUAAACUAUGUGAUAAUACGAGUAUAUGAAAAAUCCAGUUCUUCUGAAAGCUAUUAUCUUUAAUAAAUAUAUAAAAUAUACAUAUAUAUA